AUGGCCCGAUACGCCCAAUACGAUUAUUAUCAGCCAUCACCGACGACACUAGACAUGCCUCCCCCCGAAGAUGAUGAGAUGAGUGUUCUCGACGAUAAGAUCUUGGACUCAACUUCCCCCCAUCUCUCAGAUCCCCGCCGGCCAUCCUACGAUGCAGAUGCAGCCGCGUUCUCACAUCGCAACUCCGUCUGGUCCAACUACUCACAUGCAAGUUCCGACCCGUCACAAUCCCACCCACGGUCAUCCAGUCUGCCCCAGGCGAUGCUCGAUUCAACGGGUGCCACAUUCAUGCCGGUUGACGGUCCGCAGCCCUAUAUGCCGCCGCAGGCCUCAUGGGCGCUGUCUCGCGACGGCUCCGGGUCCUGCACACCCACAGCCUACGAUCAGUACGCGGCUGAGUCUGAGCAGCCAGUGACUUCAGGUCCGGCGUUCUCGGUCGGCGCGGUGGGACCCGUGGGUGGAAUUCCCAUGGGCGCAGUCUCCUUUCGAGGCGAUGCCGGCGUGGUCAAUUUCGCCGCACCGCCAGGCUCCGGUGGGGUCGCCAUGUCGCCGCAAUCCAGUCAGGGCUGGAUGCCAGCUCCGAUGGAUUUGGCGGAUGCGGCCGCGAUGCAGAAGAGUAGUGCCUAUCGGACGGACUCGACGAUGGCGCUAAGACGAGAUGGAAUCCGCAAGAAGAAUGCACGGUUCGAGAUUCCAGCCGAGCGGACGUUGAGCAACAUCGACCACCUGAUCAGCCAGUCGACCAAUGAAGAGGAGGUGAAGGAGUUGAAACAGCAAAAGAGGCUCCUGAGGAAUCGUCAAGCAGCCCUGGACUCGCGUCAGCGAAAAAAGUUACAUACCGAGAAACUGGAAGAGGAGAAGAAACACUAUACCCAAGCCAUCAAUCAGCUUGAAGAAAUUGUCUCGAGCUUACAGAAGCGUGAAGCCGAGUUACUCCGCGAAAAGAAUGAGUGGAUGACCCAGCAACAGCAGAUCGCCGCCUAUCUGGAAAGGGUCGAGAUGGAGAAGAACGAGAUGAUUCGCACACAUACCGUGGAGACUACGGAUCUGCGGAAGAAAAAUAAUUGCCUGCGCGAGAUGGUUGAGAAGCUGGAGCGUGGUGGUAAAGGAACCAUGGCCGAUCAAGCCCAGCUGCAUAUGCAGUCUGGUGACUUCACCGGCUUCGACCACCUGCCCAUGGAAUCCAGCCACUGGGGUGACUUCAGCAUGUCAAAUGGGUUCUCCAUGCAGAAUACUGUUUCUGCAUCCCACGGUCAUGGCCAUGGGCAGACCGAGACCCAGGUUGGUUCCCAAGCACAGUCUCACCCCCAGACCCAGGCCGAGCGCCCGACCGACAAGCCCACUUCGACAGACUACCCCUUCAGUUGGAAUGCCUUUUACAUGUGCCUGCUCUUUGGCGCCUUCAUCGCGUCCAAUGCCGGCACCAAUCUGAGUGGGCACUCUCUUCCUCAGCUGUCUGAGGAAUACCGUGCCGAGUCUGCCAACGUCCUCAGAGCUGUCCUUGCCUCCAAUCCAUCCGACCUGGGCCAAGGUUCUUCUGUCACGGCCUCCCAUUCUGUGCCUCAGGCUUCGAUGACUAUGGAUAUGGGCUCGAUGAGUACUGGAUCUUCGCAGCGUUCCCGUCCUUCCACGUUGGAUGAGCUGCACGCCUCACUCGUUCUUCCCACCCCGGAACAAGAGCGUGCACAGAUUUUCUCGCUCAACCCUGACCAGUAUAAUGCCAUGAGCACCUUCCAGGAUGAUGGAACUUCUUACAAACCGCAGCCGUCGAGCUUGCAGACUGCAUUAGCCGCAAUGCAAAACACUGCGGUCCAGCACAGGAUGCAUUCCGGCGAGGAUGUGUAUUCACGCAGCUUAAUGUGGGAGCGAGUCCCUGAAAAGGUUAUUCGGGAUUUCCGUCACAUGGUCCAGGAGUAUGGUGGCUCGCCAGUCAAAAACGAGAUGAUGGCGUUCUAG